AUGGACGAUAGUUUAAGCUUUCGUACAACCUUAGAAUCUAAUCAUAUACUAGUGAUACUAGAUUUGCCAGAACUAGACCUAGAGCAUGAAAGUAAUUUGGUGCUGAAUAUCUUCCCGAAAGAAUGCACCUUCACAGCAGCGCCGUAUCAUGCAAGUAUACCAUUAUCGCACCCUGCCCAUCCCGGGAAAGCAUUUCCAAAGUAUAUCGAUUAUGAGAAAAGUACGGUAACAUUUCGUGUCCCUUUGGCCGUCGAUGUUAAAACGGUAGACAACGAAUUUCCAUCCUACCCCUACGGGUUCUGCCGGCUCUACAGUGGUCCUCUUUCGCUGGAAACAAGCCAAGAGUUGAAGGUACUUUCCGACCCGGACAAAUACAGCUUCGCCCAACGGUGGAAACUGAAAGAGGAAGCGGAAAAGCACGAUUUCCAUGGUGAACAUUAUGGAAUGGACUACAUACAGUUUGCGAUUGAUAAGCUGGGCCUAACCUUAGACAACCUGCCCGCAUCAAGCAAACUAACCGACGAUCAAUCCUACCGGAUACGUGUGAUUGUAGAGGAAAAAAUACGCAACCAAGAAACAUAUACCUCCUGCAUCGAAGAUCACAAGCCACUUGUCCUCGGUUUGAUCGAUGUACUGCUUGCCGUUAGGUAUGAUCGGUUAACAAACAACAACGAAUUAAAUGAGGCAAAUUCACACAUUAACAUCCAUCGCAUCUCGAGUACGCUCGCCUACUUUGCGGAGUUUCACAGUGUGGAGCAAAUGUUACAUUCGUUUUACCGUCGAUCCUGCACGUACCCUUACUAUAGGAGCAAAGAAAUUGCAUUGGUUUGUGUACAGCAUGUUCUGACCGGUAUAUCCUCCGCGGAUCGUAAGGUAUGGAUCCAGUUUCAGCUACUACACGCGUACGAAGCAUUUAAGACGACGGAGUGUGCUGUCCUGAACCAUUACUUUGUUAAAGAUUAUAUUCGCUAUGUGGAACUAGGUUUGGACGAGGAGACUUUGUUCGAGUGUGUAGAAAACAUGCAGAAGAUACUUCCAGACAUCCAUCAGGCAGCUCUUGGGUUCGGUGAAGAAAAGCUGAUCCAAAAACUGCUCCAGGACAUCAUUACACAGGAGGAAUCGGAUUCUACUGAUUCGGACGAUUACGGCACGACAGAUAGCGAGAGUGAUGAAAGUGAUACCGAUAACGAAUCAUCAUCAUCAUCGUCAUCAUCUGCUGUUUCUGCGUCCGAAGAGGAUACAAAUCCAAAUGAAAAUGUCCUAGAAAAGCUAAUGAACCUCAAGUUGUCGGGUUGA